CCCUCGCAGCCGUUUUUAGUGUCGUCACGCAAUGCUCCUAAACGACUAUGGAGACCCAGGAGCUGUUAGUCGGGACGAUGCGAUAUUUUCGGGCGAGCAAUAUUAUGGGGCGAAAGUUACUUCAAGAGCGAAAGAGCCCGGGCUCUUCCGCUCUUGAAGUAAUAUCGCAUCGUCCCGAGUAGCAGCCCAUGGGUCUCCCAGGAUGAACCUUCCCUCGCUUGGCGGGAAAAAUUGUCAACUUCGAAGGAAAGAUAUUAGGCACGGUUACAAAGUAAACUGAAAAACAAGAUGGCGGACGAACUCUGAACUUUCUGUACUGUUAUUUUUCCUUGACAUGCAACAACUAUGCGACACAACAAAUGGCGAGUACCAGUGAAAAAGAUCGAAAAUGUCAGAAAAUUUCUGUGUCCUUAAUUGCUAAACGAAAUAUUUUAAAGAAAAACGAGAGAUCUGCAGAUGAAACGGCUGCUGAAUUGCUAAAGUUAAGUCACGUCCGUCUGGACCGUGAGCAGAUAAGUGAAAUUGACAACUUGGAUUGCCUUGGACCUGUCACUAACCUAUAUUUACAAAAAAAUGAAAUUAGAAGAAUUGAAAAUCUUGACGUUCUUCCUAAACUGAGAUUCCUGACAUUAGCUGAAAACAAAAUAAUCAAGGUGGAAAACCUGAAGAUACUUACUAAUUUACAGUUCUUGGAUCUCUCAGAUAAUCAGAUUGAAACUUUUGAAGCAGGGAAAUUCCCAGUAAGUCUAAUUAUCUUACUGUUGAAAGGAAAUCCCUGCUCUCAACAUGAGGACUAUAAAAGAAAAUUGCUUGAGGCCCUUCCCACUUUACACCAGCUUGAUGGGGAAGAAAUAACAAGACAGGAUAGACUGGAAGCAGGGUGUGCUGUCAGUGAAAGUGAGUCAGAUGAGGAAAGUGACAAUGCAGAAGAAGAUGAAACAGAACUUGAAAGUGGAGAACAUAAACAAGGUUCUCUACAGCAACACUUUAAUGACAUGCUGGUGCGAGCAAAAAUAAGGACGAUCAAGGAAGAAAAAGAGCAUGAGAAGAGAAUGGAACAGUUGGCCAGCAUUCGAGAUCUCCAGUCACAAAGGACCUCAAGCAGAGCAUCAUCUAGGCGUUAACAAAUUUUUAACUAUGGGAAUGAGUUUUUUUUAUUUCUGCCACACCAUCAAGAAUAAUGAGCUCAAAAGUCUGGAGUAGCACCAUGAAACUUGCUAGUGGGUUUGUGUUGAGUUGGAGUGGCAUGAGUGUGAUAACAGUUUAAAGUCUCAAAUUU